ACAACGGUAGUAUACUCUCAAAUUCCUUUAGGCUAUAGAAAAAGGAAUGAGACGGAAUACCAGUCUUGAAAACAAGUCAAUGUGGUGGAAUUACUACUUGUCCAUUUCCUCCCUUCCGUUAUUUUAAUUCCUACAUCACUGGCUUUGCUUACGCUCCCCUCUGCCUACUAAUUAUUCCAUCACAUUCCCAUCUUCUUCCUACCCCCAUAUCAUUCCAAUCCUAACGUGCUUGUAUAGACCCCCAUGUAGAGAGGUAGACGAGGUCAAGGAGAAGUGGUGGAGGCCAGGGAGGGUAUGGGUGAGGUGAAGGAGAAGGAGGGGCUGGUGGAGACUCUUGAAGACCUUGGGAAGGGAUCUUCGGAAGAUGACGAGGCUGGGGAGCUGGACCUCAACGAGGACUUGGGAGAGGAAGACGGUGGUGACGACGGCGACGGAGGCGGUAGCACAAGUGAGGUUGCAGGACGAGGAGGAGGGAGCUCAAGCAGCAACAACAGCAGCAGCAACCAUGAUUCGGAAAGCAGGGGUCCUGAGGGCGGCGGCGAGAGGGUGCCAACGGUGCGGCAGUACAACCGGUCUAAGCACCCCCGUCUCCGGUGGACGCCGGACCUCCACAUGGCGUUCCUCCAUGCCGUCGAGCGGCUGGGCGGCCAAGAGAGAGCAACCCCAAAGCUGGUGCUUCAGAUGAUGAACGUGAGGGGGCUCAGCAUUGCUCAUGUAAAAAGUCACUUGCAGAUGUACAGAAGCAAAAAGAUAGAACACGAGUCCAGCCACGAGAGGGCGGCCAUGUCCUCAGUCUUUUCUCCCAUGAAUUUCCACAUGAGGAGAGGGAAUCAUGGUUUCCACGACAUGUUCUUCCAAGGAGCACCUGGCUCGGCACUGACCUCCAACACCGGGGUCUUUGCGUCAAGAAGCACCAGCUUCUUUCCCGAUGCUAGUCGUAUUUACGGCCUCCUCCAACGCCGGCAGCCUCCAUUACAAACCUUCGACUUCAAGAGCUAUACGAGCCUUAGAAAUCAAGAAUGGGCGUUCAACCAGCAUAACACGGCCGCCAGGGCAGGAGCCGUUGAUGACCAUGGUCCUCCAAAAGGGCUCGUACAGGAGAUGAUCUUAAGGAACAAGGACGGCAAGCCAACGUCGCAAUUGUCAGACGUGAUGGGCGCCAGUAUCGCCACCAACCUGAGGUCGUCGGCAGCGGCAACCACGAGCACCGCCGUCCCUAGGCCAGAUGGCGCCAUGGUCGGAAGCAUUAAUUGGAUAGGCAGCAGCUCCCGACCAUUCACUAGGACAACAUCGUCGGCGGUCACCAAUGGUUUUGAACAGGGCGAUCACAGUCUCUCGUUUAGAUGGCGAGGCACCGCCGGCGCCAGCAGCAAUGGCAAGACUAGCACAACAAUACCAUCUUCAGAACCAGCGGUGGUACGUGAAGCAGGUUCUCCACUCGUGUUGCUGAAACAGGCAGUGUCUAUGGCUCCUGCCAAACCUAAUGAUGAGCUCAGAAACGACGCAGAGGCGAGGAGGAUGAAGAUAUCGGUGGCGGCGGCGACAGCAGUGGUGGGGGAGAACGGGUGGACGCCGGAGUUGCAGCUAAGCCUGAGCCCCAACAUGGGAACAGACAAUGCAGGCAGGGGCAAGAAGAGGAACAACGCUGGGCAGGAGGUCGGCAGCGACAGUCUGCCACUCUCACUGUCGCUGUCACUACUUGGUGGUGGCGACGAUGGUGCUAGCAGGGAUUCCAGGAGGUUAGAGGUAGCGACAGGUAGCAGCAGCAAGAAGGCCGCUCUGGGGCUGAGUACUUUGGAUCUGACCAUGUCGAUAAAGGCAUUGGAGUGAGAUCUUUCAAGUACUUGUCCCAAGGCCUUCCAAAAUUUGCACACUGCACCAUGAGAUUAAUUAAUAAGAUUGUUAAUCUAAUUUAACCAUGCUUCCAGACAAAUAUACAUAAAUAUAUAUAUUAUUUGUUGA